AUGCCCUCUAAGAACUCUAUAAACAGGCCUAAGCAGAAGAUAAAUUUGAAUAGGAAGAUUCAAAAGAAUGCUGCGAAAAGAAACGCUCGUGAGAGAGCCGGAUUACUAGCUCCUCCAAGAUCAAGUCCAGACUCUAUGUCUGGUCAGGUCAAAUCGAUCCCAUGGGAAUUAUACAAGGGUUCAAAGCUAGAGAGCGGACCUACUACUACUAAAACAUUAUCUAAGAAGCGUGCUAAGAAAAUUGAAAGAAAUCUGAGAUAUAAUGAACAAAGAAAGCUCUUAAUUGAAGUACAAGCCGCAAAGGAAUCAGGAAUGGAGAUUGAUAUGGAGACUAGCUUAGUUAGUUCAAGGUCUCGUAAGAAGGAGGCAAAGCAAGGCUUGUUGGAAAAGACCAAAGCUUCUAUUUGGAGCGUCUUGGAGGACACCACUACCCAAGAGUUGCCCUUGCAGACUGGUGCAGGUACGAUUUUGGGUAGCAAGUACUUUUAA